AGAGCAUGCUACAGUUGAAUUACUUACUUUGGCGUUCGAAAAGAUGUCUAGGAAGAUAAGUGGAGUACUGAAAACGCGAAAACAGACAGAUCCGAACAGUCUGAAUGUGUUAUGUGCGUUGUAAAUGUAUCGUAAACAGAAGUACGAAUCGUCUUCUGUAUGCUUGUGUGUGUGUGUGUGAAUAGUAAGCGAGCAGUAAAUAAGAGAAUACAAGCGCGUAUCGCGUGGCGACCGUGGGAAAUUUUCUCAUGGAUCCCCUCUCUCCUCGCGCAAACCGCGUUGCCGACCCGAAUGGUGAUUCUGACUGCGUUCGGGGCCUAUAAGUGCCUCACUUAAGACGCGUCACGAAUGUGGAAUGAUUAAAAACAGAAACGCAUUAAUUUAUCGCCUGUAGUGCUGAAUUUUACUAUGAAAAUAAUGAGUAUACUCGUAGCGAUUAAAGUUGGAAAUAAUUUGCGGCUUUGUACGUAAUUUUUGGAAUCGAUAUGUUACUAUGGAAAUAUGUUUACUUGACAACGUCUUAUUGAUAUAUCAUAACGUUUUGUUGGAGCGUGAUCGUUGUUCAACUCUGUUCAUUUCCUUCAAAUCAGUUUUUUUCUAUAAUAUUAUACAAUUUUCUAUAAAAAUGGCAAGAAAUCCCAAUCUUCCGCUUUUACCAGGCUUAACUUUCGAUCCUAAUAUUGGGAGAACGGAUUUUCGAAUUGAUCCCAAAUUUGGUUUCACUGCAGGCAUACCAUGCAUGGUUGAAAAAGUAAAACCAAACAUGUUGGGUGUUCUUUCUGACCGAUAUCCCUCGGUUUACGCACGUGGCGAAGUAAUUGAAUUGCCCGCAUGGAUUGCCUUUGAUAAACAAAUUUUAACAUUUGAUGGUUUCUUUCAACAAUCACUAGAAGAAGUACGUAAUGCUCCCUAUGCCGUACGAAAUGUUCGUGUAUUUUUUCAUCUUGAGGAUGGGACAUUGCAAAUUAUUGAGAAACCACAAACAAACAGCGGGUUUCUACAAGGUACUUUAUUGUCUAGACAACGUGUACGUUUGCCUGCACCAAUGGACGAUAAUUUUUAUGACAUUUUGGACUUUAAUAUCGGUCGUGAAAUUGAAGUCUUCGGCAAGUUUAUAAAAUUAACAAAUUGUGACAAGUUUACACGCAACUUUUUAAAUCGACAAGGAAUUUCUGUACCUGACCCUAUUAACACACCGGCGGAUCCUUUCCUCGUCGACCGUGCCAAAACCGCGGCUACUUCACUGGCCAGAAAACCCAACAAAACAGUUGAUACUUUCGGCCAGUUUCUUAAGAACGAUCGAAAACUACUUCGAUUUUACGCAUAUUGGGAUGAUCGUGAGAGCGAAUUCGGAGUAUUUCAUGACUUAGAAGUAUUUUACUAUCUAGCGGAUGAUACAAUCGAAAUAAAAGAUGUUGUCUCAAGAGGUGCACUCAAGAGAAGCACUGGUACUUUACUGAUGAGACGUUGUAAAUUACCAAAAAGAUUCACGGGUCUUCCUAACCCCGGAUAUAAUCAGGCUAAUAUCGUGCUGAAUGUAUUAGGUGGUAGUGUUGGAACAGGUCGAUAUGUAAAUGAUCCACUGGAUGCUGGUAAAGAACACGUCGAAUACUACAAAGAUAAAGAUUUGUCAAUUGGUGGAAUAUUGAAUGUAUUUGGACGUAAUGUUGUCUUGGUUGAUGCUGACGAAAAUACGAAAAAAUAUUAUCGCGAUACUUACGGAGUAACUAGUUUUGUACCGAUUAACAAACCUUUUGAACAAUCAGCGGAGAAUAAAAAAUUAAUCAGAGUUAAAGAUAGAGAGUUGCCACCGUGGAACGGUUUUGGAUCAUACGAAGAUUCCGCACAGAAUUGUGUUACUGUGGAAAUGGUUGCUCCGUUGAAAGAUUUCAAGAAAUUUUUAAAAUAUGAUAGAAAAGGAAUGGACAGUCAAAUACUUCGAUUUGCAGCGCGAAUGAUUUCACGAGAUCAACACAACUGCGAUCGUAAAUUUAUAAUAUUGUACUUUCAAUCAGACGAUACUCUGCAGGUCACUGAAAUACCGUUUGGAAAAUUAACUGCGGUGACAUUUUUUGCACGCGCUCCCGUUUUUCUUCCUGGACAAGAUCCUUACACCAGUGAAAAACCAUUAGUUUACACACCGCAACAUUUAUUCAUUGGUGCGCAGGUUGUUAUCAACAGUUUUUACUUUGUGCUUAUCGCCGCUGAUGAAUACGCUUUACGCUACAUGGAAAUCAACUGCAAAAAUUUUCCAAAAUCUGAUAUUGACUUAAUCAUGAACAAGCUGCGUGAUAAACUAAAACCGAUUUAUAAAGACUUCGUUAGCGAUAUGAUACCUAGCGAUGACACUAAAGCGAUUACUUAUGAACAACUACGGAACAAAUUGUGCCCGAUUAUGGGCAUGGACUUUACCGAACAGGAAAUGGUUACAAUUGCGCGAAGAUUUUCACUUAGUUGUCAGAAGGAACGACUUAAUAAAGACGCAAUCCGUGCAAUAACUUUAACUACGCUUAAACGUGAAUUAUGGGAUGAUCUUGCACGUUUACGCGAAUAUUUUAUAUUGAGAGAUCCAGGGCGUACAGGAUUAUUAUCUCGAUCCACUGUGUAUACUCUACUGAGAGGUUGUAGAUUUCCUGUGGAUAUUCAACUAUUGGAAAAGAUUUUAGACGUCAUUGACAAAGACAAGAAUGGAAAUAUAAUAUACCAAGCGUUAUUUAAUUUCUUGGAUCGCAAUCUAUGCCCAAUGACUGAUACAAUUCCACUUAAUGUGAAAAGUGAACUGUGGUGGGCAUCAGUUCGUGAACCACCGGCCGGUGAUCUCAUUGAUUGGUGCGAAUUUAACAAACAACUGGAUUUGGAAUAUGUCUUCACUGAUAAACCUAAAUUUACCAAUUUGGUAGUACCCGAUGAUCCAAUACAUAUAUAACAUGCCACGUUUUUGUAAUAUCUUUAUUUAUAAAAUCUGUUUUUUAUAUAUUUGAAAUCAUAACAGUAAAAUUUUAAAUAAAUAACAUAAUCUACGUUUUCGAA